AUGCAGGCUUUAAGUUCUGUUGCGAAUACUGAGGUGGUAGUUCUCAGUGAUAGUGAGGAUGAAGGAAGUAGUUUCCAGUUGCCUGCUGCUGGUGUCAGCAUUACGAUCAGUGCAGAACGACCUUUGGAUCCUGGUCUUUUUCUGCCCUCGACGUCAGAGCAUAGUGUUCUUGCUAGCACUACCAGCAGUGGUGACUUUGACUCACAGAAUAAUUAUUUGAGUGGAGUAGAUAAUGAGGCUACUGUAGAAAAUGCAAAACUAGGUGGGAAGUCAUAUAGCUUUACAAGGACGGAAGGAAGUUCACUGGGUAUCCGUAGGCCAUUGAAAGCUUCUUUUCACAACUUGACCUCGUCACCUGAUUAUGAUCUUCUGGACUUUUGUUGUGAAAGUUAUGAUCGAGAUGCACCUCCGUUUGACGCAACUCAGCUUAAUAAUAGUUUUAAGUGUACGUUUGGCAGUUGUAAGCGUAUACUUUCCAAUAACAUCAGCUUGAUGUUCCACUUAUGGUCACAUUUGGUUACUAGUCGACCAUUCGGGCUGGAAAGUCCGGUUUCGGACUUGGAAAAGUUAUGCAUGUGUUCACAGUGCUUUUGCAUUUUCUCAAGUCCUCAUCAGUUUCAUCAGCACUACAAGGAUGUACAUGGACAGAACUUCUCGACGUCAACAUGCUUAAUUUGUGAAGUCGUUGUAGACAAGGCACGCCAUUUAGUUCAUGAUGGUCCGGAUGCGCCUUAUCAUUGUAAAAGAUGUAGAUACCGGACUUCUGUUCGAACUCAUUUUCUUGAUCAUUUUGUGAGAUUCCACUCCAACACUACUGCUCUUCUCUGUCCAUUCUGCUUAACUAUUUUCACUGCUGCUCGUCCUAAGGGAAAUGAAGUUUUAAUAGAGCGAAACUACGCUUCUCACGCUAUUGCUCACCUGAAAGGCUUUGUAUCAAAAUUUGCAGGAAGGAACUACAAGUGUGAACAGUGUGCUUUAAAAUUUCUAAGCAAGUUUGAUAAAACUAAUCAUAAGAAGGAGCAUUCAAAAAUAAACCCAAAGUGGGAAAGGAAAAACUACAUGAAACGAUCACGGCGGAAGGGGUUCCACUUAUGGCCGCAAGAAGAAAAUUCUUAUUGUUUUGAAUGUUAUGAAGACCCAAAUGAUAGUGAGGGACACUGGAGCGAGACUUAUUCUUGUAAUAUUUGUAAGUACAGGACAAAUUGUCACAGUGCGUUUCGGCACCACUUAUCUGUUGGGUGUUCGAUAAAGCGGCUUGGUAUCACAAGGUAA